GUCUACCCGGGGGCGGGCAGGGCUGCAGCAGUUUUAUGAACGGCACGGCUGCAUCAUGAUCCCUUCCCCACUAAACCAGCGCCGCGACGUUUCAUUGACAAACACUCCGGUUGCUGCAUUUCUGUCACGGACGGCGUCGGGAAGCGGAGCGGCGCGUGCAGAGCAGCGGCGGAGGAGGACGCGGCAGCUGCAGUGAUCGGGAACAGCGAGCCCGGCGUCGGACGCACCAGCACCCGCGGACUCGCCUCCGGGACCCGCACUGGAUCUCCCAGCAACCUCUGCUUCCAGUGCGCUCUCCGGGGACACAGAAGAAUCACCUUAGGGCGGAUUCAGACGGCUUUGGCCGCUCAGACCCCCGGGGGUGAGGCUGCGUCGUCAAUGCACGCGCACUGGCACUCAACCCGGUUUGUUUUGCGCCCUCAUGACGCGCCGGGACGCGCAGAUGGAGGAUUCGGGACGCCUUUGGAAAUCACGGACAUUUGAGAGCGUGCAGCUGCCGGCGUGCGAUGCGAACUGAGCCGUGGGUGGUGUAGACCCCCGCCGCGAGCCCCGCGCACCCCCUCCGCCUCAGCUCCGAACCCUGCCCUCGAACCGGGACGCACGGCCUCGUCUCUCUCCACCGCGGGAACAUGUCCCGGGCCGCGGCUAUCGCCAGCUCUCUGAUCCGCCAGAAGCGGCAGGCGCGCGAGCGCGAGAAGGCGAACGCGUGCCGCGGCAGCAGCAGCCCGAGCAACAGCAAGGGCGCAAACGACAAGCCGAGCAAGCUCAACGUGUUCUCGCGCGUGAAAUUGUUUGGAUCGCGGAAGAAACGGAAGAGAAGGCGGCCGCCAGAGCCCCAGUUAAAGGGCAUAGUGACCAGACUCUCCAGUCGCCAGGGCUUCCAGCUCCAGAUGCAGCCUGAUGGCACCAUUGACGGCACCAAGGAUGAAGACAGCACCUACGCCGUGUUCAACCUGAUCCCGGUGGGGCUGCGUGUGGUGGCCAUCCAGGGCGUCCAGACCAAACUGUACCUGGCCAUGAACAACGAAGGAUUUCUCUACACCUCUGAACAGUUCACGUCGGAGUGCAAAUUCAAGGAGUCUGUGUUUGAGAACUACUACGUCACCUACUCCUCCAUGGCGUACCGGCAGCAGGCCUCGGGCCGGGCCUGGUACCUGGGUCUGAACAAGGAGGGCGGCAUCAUGAAGGGGAACCACGUCAAGAAAAACAAAGCUGCUGCACACUUCAUACCGAAACCACUCAAAGUGGCCAUGUACAGGGAGCCGUCCCUUCAUGACCUCACAGAACUCUCGCGCUCCGGCAGCGGCACGCCGACCAAGAGCCGCAGCGCCUCGGCUCUGCUCAACGGCGGAGGCAAGUCGCCCAGCAACAAUGACUUAUCCUAGCCCCCCCCACCAACACCAACACACACGCACACCCCCCGCACCAACUACAAGCGAAGCACAUAGA